GUUUCAAUUCUAUUUCUCUCCUUUUUUCUCUCAGUGAAUGAAGUUGCAGUUUACAGUCUGCAGGCUCCAGAGCCAAGGAACAGAGCUGAGUUUUUAAAAUAUUCCUGUCAGCUCACACUGGACCCCAACACAGCGCAUAGAGAGCUCAGUCUGUCUGAAGGGAACAGAAAGGUGACACGGAGGAUAGAGACCCAGCGAUCUGCUGAUGAUCACCCAGAGAGAUUUAAUAUGUGGCCCCAAGUGCUUUGCAGAGAGGGUUUGUCUGGGACUCGCUGUUACUGGGAGAUUGAGUGGAGUGGGGGAGGGGCUUCUAUAGGAGUCACAUAUAAAGGAAUCAGCAGGAAAGGAAGGGAUCAUUCCUGUGUUCUUGGAUUCAAUGACAAGUCCUGGAGUUUGUUCUGCUCUGAUUCCAGUUACACUGCCUGGCACAAUAACAAUGAAACUGCAAUAACUGCCCCCCUCUCCCCCAGAAUAGGAGUGUAUCUGGACUUUAAUGCCGGCACUCUGUCCUUUUAUGGCGUCUCUGACACAAUGACCCUCCUGCACAGAUUCCAAACCACAUUCACUGAGCCGCUCUAUCCUGGGUUUUGGCUUUGGUUUUAUGAUUCCAGUGUAACAAUCUGCCAGCUGAACUAGACUGUCUUGUGUUGUAAGAAACCCUUUGUAUUGAACUCCCUGUCUGUCCUCUCCACUCCUCGGCUGAAGGGAAUGUUCAAUCUGACACCACUUUGGAUGAAAGUUAGGG